ACGGUGUUUUUAAAUUUAUCGUGGAUUAUCAGUGACCUUGUUACUUAGUACAAGUGUUACGCUUGAGCAGUAAGCAUCAACGCGUGAUGUUAGACAGUACAGCUACUUGACAGACCUGGUUAUUUACUACUAAACUCUCUCAAAUAAUUUGUUAAUGAGAACAUGACAUUUAACCCAAAUGAACAUCAGCACUUGAGGUACAAUCCACUCAAAGACGAAUGGGUUUUGGUAUCCCCACACCGAAGCCUACGCCCAUGGAGCGGCCAAACAGAAACACCUCCAACAGAAGAAGUACCCAGAUUUGACCCUACGAAUCCUUUGUGUCCUGGUGUCACACGAGCGUCGGGGAAAGUGACUCCUAAGUAUGAAUCGACCUACGUCUUCGAAAACGACUUUCCGGCGUUGCUUCAAGAAGGUCCCGAACCAGCCGAAAGCGACGAUCCUUUAUUCCAAACAAAAACCGCCAAGGGUACAUGUAGGGUGAUAUGUUACCACCCUUACACUGACGUGUACUUUUACAACUUAUCCACUAAGGAAAUAGUGGCUGUUAUAGACGAAUGGAUAAAGCAAGCGAAAGAACUGGGGCGGGAAUACACCUGGGUCCAGAUAUUCGAAAACCGUGGUACCAUGAUGGGCUGCUCGAAUCCCCAUCCACAUUGUCAGAUCUGGGCGUCCACGUUCUUACCGAACGAGCCUAGAAUCAAGGAUAUUAACUUGAGGAAGUUCUAUGACAAAUACCAGAAGCCCAUGCUUCAAGACUACGUGGAGAAGGAGCUGCAGAAGCGAGAGAGGAUCGUUUACGAGAACUCCGAGUGGGUGGUUGUGGUGCCCUACUGGGCCGUUUGGCCUUUCGAGACCAUGGUACUACCAAAGCGUCAAAUCCAGCGUUUCACAGACGUGGAUGAUAGGCAGAAAGAGGCCUUGGCACAGGUUCUACAGACGGUUGUAGUCAAGUAUGAUAACCUGUUCAAAUGCAAAUUUCCCUACUCCAUGGGUUGGCAUGGGGCACCCACUGGUGAUAAACUGGAAGAGUGUCAGCCACACUGGACCUUCCACGGGAUCUAUAUCCCUCCACUGUUACGAUCGGCAACUGUGAAGAAGUUCAUGGUUGGUUAUGAGGUGCUAGCGCAGGCUCAAAGGGAUCUAACUGUCGAGAAGGCCGCUGCGAUGUUGAGGGAACAACCAGAAAAGAGGUUUUCUUUAUAAUUUACUGUAUUUUAAGGAAUACGGAUUAUGUUUUAAAUAAUAUUUUUGUUAUUUAGUAUUAGGUGAAUAUUUUAUGUACACUUCCGCUAAAUAAAAAUUGUCUAUUUAUCUGUA